AACUCAAUUUAUUAAUUAAGUGUGAGUCUUUGUAGUCAUAAUUGUCAAUAUUGUUAAUAAAGUAAAUUGUACACGAAAAUUGUCUAUAAAUACUGGAGUAUUAUGGUUUCACUACAAUUGAAACCGAAUUUUCUUGCCCCAGAUGUCGAUGAAGUAGGGUCAAAAAGGGACGAUUAUGUUACUACUAAUGAAACGGAAUCUUGUUUUGUAUUCAAUGCAAAUCAUAAUUUACCAAUAAUUGAACAACGAAAGCGGCUGCCAAUUUAUAAAUACCGCAGAGAUAUUUUAUAUUGUUUGGAAAAUAAUCAGGUUUUAAUAUUAGUUGGCGAAACCGGUAGCGGAAAAAGUACACAACUUCCACAGUAUCUCUACGAACUGGGCUGGCAUACCAAAGGCGAAAUCGGUUUAACACAACCACGUCGCAUUUCCGCUAUAACUUUAGCAAAUCGUGUAGCGCUUGAACGUGGUGAAGUUAUCGGCAGUACUGUCGGUUUUGUGGUAAAAUUUUUGGAGAAAACAUCCGAAGCUACAGCUAUAAAGUAUAUGACAGAAGGCAUUCUAUUGCGCGAACUACUAACAGAUCCCUUACUAAUGCGUUACAGUGUUGUUGUGAUUGAUGAAGCACACGAACGGAAUUUGAUAACAGACAUCAUUAUUGGAUUGCUAAAGAAAGUGGUCAACAAGCGUUCAACGCUGAAAUUGGUCAUAUCGUCAGCGACCAUUGAUGCAGAUACUUUCGCCGAUUUCUACAAAAGUAAUUCGAGUAUAAUUUUAUCUGUUGAAGGUCGUACACAUCCGAUUAGCAUAUUUUAUAUAAGCAAUCCAUGUGCAGAUUAUGUAAAUGAAGCCGUUGAAACUGUAUGGAAAAUUCACAAAAAGGAAGCGCAGGGUGAUAUAUUAGUUUUUCUCACAGGGCAAGAAGAAGUGCUACAAGCAGUGAGUUUAACAAAGGACUAUAUGCAUUCAAAAGACGAUAACACAUUGCAACCUGUGCCAAUGUAUGGUUCUUUAACGCAUAAAGAACAAUUGAAAGUGUUUUUUGCACCGGAGAAAGGUGUACGUAAAGUUAUAUUUGCAACAAACAUCGCUGAGACGUCGAUCACUAUACCGGGUGUUGUAUAUGUUGUUGACUGUGGAUUUAUUAAAUUAAAAUGGUUCGAUUCAGAUAGUGCGACUGAUCAGUUGGUCGUUGUGCCCAUUAGCAAAGCUACUGCUUUGCAGCGAGCUGGACGUGCUGGACGCACACGACCCGGUAAGGUGUAUCGUCUUUAUACGGAGGAAGAUUUCGAAAAGUUACCCGAUCGAUUUCCACCAGAAAUAAGACGUUGUGAAUUGAGUGCAAUGAUAUUAAAUUUGAAAGCACUUGGCGUUAGUAAUAUUUUAAAAUUCAACUUUCCCUCCCCACCGCCUGCCAAAAAUGUAUUGGCUGCUUUGGAAACACUACAUGCUUUGGGUGCCAUUGAUAGUGAUGGCAAUCUCACAAAACCGCUGGGUUAUUUCAUGGCCGAAAUGCCUUUACCACCGAUGCUCAGUCGCAUGCUGUACAUGUCUGGUACUAUGAAUUGUUCCGAAGAGAUUUUAACUAUAAUCGCUAUGCUACAAGUGGAAACGGUUUUCGCACAUCCAGCUACCGGACAGGGUCAGAUUAAAGCACGCAUUGCUAAACGUAACUUCGAAGUGGCCGAAGGUGAUUUGAUUACAAUGCUAAAUGUGUUUACGGCAUUUGUUGAGAAUGAUCAGAGCAAACAAUUUUGCCGCACAUACUACUUGAAUUAUCGCAAUCUCAAUUGUGCGUAUGAAUUGCGCGAACAGCUCGUCAAGCUCGCUAAAAAACAUUUAAAUUUACCGCUAAAAUCAUGCAAUGGAAAUGUGGAGACCAUUUGCAAAUGCAUAACAUCGGCAUUCUUUCUCAAUGCAGCAUAUCUACAUUAUACCGGUGUUUACAAAAGAAUUCAAGGUGGUCUUGAUCUAUACAUACAUCCACUCUCUUCAUUAUACACACUACCGCAGCCGCAAUAUAUACUUUUUACGGAAUUAGUGCAUACAACAAAACUGUUUAUGAGCAACAUAACGGUAAUUAAGGAAGAAUGGUUAGCUGAACUAUCAUCACACUACUAUUGCAAAUCAUCUGUAGAAAAUAACGUAUAAAUAAAAUGAAUGAAUACAAAUUUUUUAAUUGUCA